AUGCCUCUGUGUAGUAUUUGCCUCAGCAUCAACUUCAGUACUAUCCUACGGCCAGAUAUAAAAGGCUACCCCGAGCCCGCUGGUGGAUGGCCUACGAACUUUGAACUCUACUACUACAAUGCGAGAGAUUGGAGGGAUAAUGAUUCUGAGAAGCUUCUUGUGCCUCAUCAGGAAAGCCUUGAGAAUCUCGAAGCUAGUGCAAGGUCCUGUGAGCUGUGCCGGUUGAUUGAGCGCUGCGUGUCAGAAACCGUCGCCAAAAUCAAGGCAUCGAACGACCUAGGCUUCCCACAUAUCCCUGAAUCGAAUUACACGUUCUGGCUGUCAGGCAGGAAGGAAGCGGAUGGAUUUCAGAUCAUCGGCUGCCACAAUGAACUAAGACACCAGUACCGUAUCAUGGGUGGCGCUGGAGUCUGCGUCAGGAAAGAUAGCCCACUAGCAUGUGUUGUCAAGGGACGACGAGUUUCUCCAGACCCUAUGUUUUCUUCCAUGUUGGCCGACAUUCCCAAUUUGAUAGAAGAUUGCAAAUACAAACACGGGCAUGUUGAACAUGAGAAGGGGGAGGCUCCAACUAGGAUACUGAGAAUCAAAGACAAUGGUCAGACAAUUACGCUUAGUGAGGGAAACAUGAAUAUCGAAGGCAGGUAUGCAGCCCUGAGCCACUGUUGGGGAGACGGCCCUCAAAUCACACUUAAUACUGGCUCCGUCACGGAGCUGAAAAAGGGGAUAAAUAUAGCUGACCUCCCCAAGACAUUCCAAGAUGCCGUCUGGGUCGUCAACCAGCUUGGGAUAUCACAUCUUUGGAUUGAUAGCUUAUGCAUAUUCCAGGAUGACCCGAGUGACUGGGCAUAUGAGUCGGCGCGAAUGGCCAAAGUAUACGGAAAUUCUACCAUCACAAUAGCAGCAAGCCGAGCAGCGAACAGUUCUGAGGGUUUCCUGGAGAAGCAUAUUCAGCGGAACUAUAUCGCCGCUCCGUUCCGCUAUGGUCAAGUUUCUGGGGAAAUUUUGAUCUUCCCCCUCCAUGUUAGAAAUGUAGGAGAUACAUCACGCUAUGCUCGCCUUGAAGAUGAACCCCUGACAAAUCGAGGAUGGGUAAUGCAGGAGCGCUACCUCUCUCCUCGUAUAAUCCAUUUCGAUAGCUCCCAGGUGUGCUUCGAGUGCAAAAGGGCAUUCAUUACUGAAGAUGGAUGCUCAGCAAGUCCAUCGCGCCUUAAUUGGCAAUACAAGUUACCAACUCCCAAUUCCUGGGAGACAGAUUGGAAGCAAGUCGUCCGUUUAUAUUCUCAGCGCAAGCUGACAAUGAAAACCGACAAGCUUCCCGCAAUAGCAGGCAUUGCAGAAUACUUCUCAAAUAUAGCAGCAACCGCAUCAAUCGAUAGUCACUACCUGGCUGGUUUAUGGCGAAACAACAUCAUCUUCGGCCUUUGCUGGCAAAUCGACCCUCGGAAGGGUUUCCAAAGGCGAGAAGGCCAGUAUCGAGCGCCCACGUGGUCUUGGGCUUCAUUGGAUUCUGCGAUAUGGUUUCCCUCCGUGAAGUAUCCUCUGGCGACUUUCCAGAAUGCGCAUGUGACCCUUGACUCACAUGAAAGCCCCUUUGGCAAAGUAACUGGCGGCUGGAUCCGGUUACGGGCGAGAAAGUAUCUCUUAUUGAACAAAGCCGGCAACAACACGAACUUUACAGUUUCAUUCCAUGCGGAGGGGCCGAACUUUGAUAUCUCUGUUUUCUGGGAAGAUCAGGAGGUAUACAGCUCACCCACUAUCACCGAUUUAGUAGAGAAUGGUCCAUACGAGACGCCUUUUAUGACAAUCCCGCUGGCCUGCCGUGAAUCUGGCGCUGACUCUGAUGCAGACGAGGUCGAAAUUGUCUUUAUUGUGGUAAAGGCGGUGGAGAAUGGCCUGCCCUCAUGUGGUGGAGUUCAGCCCUUUCAGAGAGUUGGGAGCACAACUUUGAAUUUGCGUAAGACAGACAGAGACAGCCUUGAGAGUUUAGGAUUAUAUUAUUGGAUGAAUGGAUACGCCAAGUGUUUAAAUGAUGAGCUAGGAGAUGUAAUACUUAUCUGA